CCUUCUCUCUUUCAACUCAGAGGCUCAAACGAACGCCUCUGCUCCCUCGCCCACUGCUUUCGCUUGCACGGUCGUCGUCGACACGCAGCGACUCCACACCCGCGCAACCCUCGUCGCCGCCGCCGCCGCCGCCGCCACCGCCGUCGAAACUCAGAAAAACUUGGUAGAAAUCGGCUUCAAUAGAGCAGUGACAGAAGCCCAAGAAGAAGAAGAAGAUGGGUACUUCAUCGGCGCUUCGAGACCUACAGCGGGAUCUCGAGAACAAGGCUGGUGACUUAAACAAGCUCCAGAAAGACAUUGCCAAGAAUCACCAAGUGAGGAAGAAGUACACUAUCCAGCUUGGGGAGAAUGAGCUCGUCCUUAAGGAGUUGGAUUUGCUUAAUGAAGACGCGAAUGUGUACAAGUUGAUUGGCCCUGUACUUGUGAAGCAGGAUCUGGCAGAGGCAAAUGCAAACGUGCGCAAGAGAAUUGAUUAUAUCUCUGCUGAACUGAAGCGUCUUGAUGCGACUCUGCAGGAUCUGGAAGAGAAGCAGAACAGCAAGAGAGAUACGAUCCUGAAGUUACAACAGAGGAUUCAGUCUCUUCAGGCUGGGAAAGCAAAGGCAUAAUCUGGACCUGGUAUAUGUUAACCACCAGUGUGUGGUAAUCGUAUAUUUUUGCUCCAGUGUAGUUGUUCCUGUGGGCGCAUGCUGAAUCUCUCCAAGCUAGUUGUCUUUUCUGGUGCAUCCAGGCACAUAUGUCAAGAUUAGCGCAACUUGUCAAACGAUCUAUUGAGAAAGUGUUCUGCUGAUAGUUAACAGAAAAGUCCAUGUGUAGAGGUUGUCUUGGAUCUUCUGGAUCUGAAGCAUCUGAUA